GGUCAGCCUAUUGAAUUCGCUGUGCUGUAUUUCACAUGGUACAACAGACACUGCACCAAGGGUCACGAUGCGCCUGUCGAUGUACCGCCUCGAAUGCUCAGUCGAGCGAACUGUUCUAGAACUAACUACGCUCAAAUGCUACCGUACCCAUCGAAGGACAUCGAGGAGCACAGGCCAAUAUACGACGCUCUGAAGACGAUUCUGAACAACACAUUCUGCUGGAUCGAAGAGACUGUGAAAUAUUCAUACUUAGAGGCUACAGCUAGCAUCCUGCCGGAUCACCAUACCUCCCCUGUCCACCCGUUCCUCGGUCUCGUCAUCAAUGUGAACGUCGCCACCCAAGCGCACCGAGACAGCAACGACGACUCAAUAUGCCUCGUACUUCCCAUAGGCGACUUCGAA